CGAUAUCAUUGGAAAUCAAUUUUGAAAAUUAUUGUAGUGUUGGCUGUGUGUUUAGGUAUUGUCAAAUUGAUGAAUGUUAUCGAUGCACACCUGCACCUGUGUUGUUGUUGUAUGUAUGUGUGUGCCAACAACAACGAAGACAAAACUUGAGCCAAGUGAAAUCUAUCUAUCAAUUGAGCAUUUUUUAUGAUCCGUUCUCAUCACCAUUCAUUUUUGUUCGAUGGAAUCAUUUAUCGACCGAAAAACGAUGAGUCGAGAAUCAUUGAAUGAGAAUAUUCCAGCCACGUCUCAAACACGGCCAUCAUCAAGUACAAGUAUUGUAUCAUCAUCAUCAUUUGGUGGUUGUGGUCCAUCAUCUUUAACAUCAUCAACAUGUUAUUACAAUAAUUCCCUGGCUAUUAGACAGGAAAUCCAACGAUUCGAAAGUGUUCAUCCAUCCAUAUAUGCUAUUUAUGAUCUUCUUGAAUUGAUUGGCGGUGCUGAUGGUCAACUUAUUGCCCAACGUGUUCGUGAUCAUGUUGUCUGUAUUGAAGGCAAACGAAUGAUUGGCGUUGGUUCAAUGUUCAACAUGCCAUUAAUUUCACCGGCAACUACAUCGACAUCAACAAAAAAUUUUGAUUGCAUUCUUUAUUCAUUUGUUAAUAGCCAAGAAUGGACGCUAAGUCGUUCAGUUCCAGAUUUACGAAUUGGUGUUGUUGGCACUUAUACUUCAGGAAAAUCUGCCCUAGUCCAUAGAUAUCUCACUGGAUCAUAUUUACAAGAUGAAUCGCCCGAAGGUGGAAGAUUUAAAAAAGAAGUUAUCAUUGAUGGUCAAAGUUAUCUUUUAUUAAUUCGAGAUGAAGGUGGUCCACCUGAAAUGCAGCUUAGCUGCUGGGUCGACGCUGUCAUUUUCGUAUUUAGUCUAGAAAAUGAAGCUAGUUUUCAAUCCAUAAUGAAUUAUUACACACGAAUGUUUCACCUAAGAUCGAAUAAUGAUAUACCAAUUCUAUUGGUCGGUACCCAAGAUGCCAUCAGUGAUACAAAUCCUCGAGUCAUCGAUGAAUCAAGAGCACGAAAAUUGGCCCAAGAAUUGAAACGUUGUGUCUAUUAUGAAGCAUGUGCCACGUAUGGUUCAAAUGUAGAUAAAAUAUUUCAAACUGCUUGUCAUCGAAUCAUACAGAAUCGGAACGCAGAAAACAUCAAUAGUCGUCCAGCAACGCCAGCCAGUCAACCGCUUGUGAAUAAAAAUUUUUCCACUUUAUCACAACAGCAAUCAUAUCAAAAUAAAGCACAACCAAUUCUAACGGGUGCAUCAUCUCCACCUCUGACAUCAGUCAAUCUUAAUAUAAUAAAUGGAAAAGUACAACCACAAAAUUCAUCACCAUCAUCUGUAGAAACGAAUAUAACUGAAAAUAAUCUCGACCAUAUCAAAUCCUCAAUUGCAUCAUCAAGUGUAUUACAUAAUCUUGUAAUGAAAAAACCGGCCAUCAUUGGCGAGAAACCAAAGCUGACUGCAUUGUAUACUAGUAAUCAUCCGAUGACCGAAAAGAAACCGCAGCGAUCAAUAGCUGCUGAACCAAUCUCAUCGAAACGCAAUGUAUCACUUAAAUAUAACAAUAAUAAUACUAACAGCAACGAUAACGAUUUUAAGGUGCCAGAUUCACCGACACCUGUGCCUCCAUCACCAUCUACAUCAGUGCAUGAAGCAACAUUCAAAAAUCAACAGGUGUCCACUCAACAGACACCCAAUACAAAUCGUAAAAAUCGACGGAAAUCAAAUCUUUUCACACCGUUGUCAAACAAAACCAAAAAUGAUGAUAAAUAUAAAAAUGGUGAAGUUGGUAGCGGUCGCACCAUUCCGAUCAAACAAGGUUACCUCUACAAAAAGAGUAAAAAAACAUUGAAUAAAGACUGGAAAAAGAAAUAUGUCACACUGACCACUGAUGGCUGUCUCACUUAUCAUCCAACAUUGCAUGAUUAUAUGGACGAUGUUCAUGGUAAAAAUAUACCUCUCAAACAUACGACAGUGAAAAUACCGGGGCAAAAACCUCGAUGUGGUGCACGGCCACUUUCAGCUAAUUCACCCGCUGCUUUCAAUAGUGUCGAUUCGAAUCGAAAUUAUGGUGAACGUCGAAUUCCCAGCACCAAUCCUAAAUAUGACCCCAGUAGUGGUAAAAAACAAAGUCGAAAAAUAAAAAAUCCAGGUGCAAAAAAUGGUGAAAUUGGUGACGAUAAUUCGGAUGGCAAUGAAUUUGUCAUUGUAUCAUUGGACAACAAACAAUGGCAUUUUAAUGCAAGCAAUGCAGAUGAACGUGAAGAAUGGAUAGCGGCUAUCGAACAACAAAUACUGUCUAGUCUUCAGAAUUCAGAAUAUGAUAAGUCUAAAUUGCAUAAUGUAAAUAGUGUUGAUGAUUCUGCCAUUCACACGAUUCGUACCGUACCGGGUAAUAAAUAUUGUGUUGAUUGUGAAGCGCCAAAUCCAGAUUGGGCAUCAUUAAAUCUUGGCUCCCUUAUUUGCAUCGAAUGUUCGGGCAUACAUCGAAAUCUUGGGACACAUAUAUCAAAAGUUCGAUCACUUGGACUUGAUGUUUGGCCGUCUAGUCAUGUGUCUGUGAUGUUGGGCCUUGGGAAUACUGCUGUUAAUGAAAUCUGGGAAUAUCAACUGAAAAGUAAAACUAAACCGACACCUACUUCAAGACAUGAAGAAAAAGAACGUUUUAUUCGAGCUAAAUAUGAGCGACGUGAAUUUCUGGCUCCUCUUGAUGAUCAAAAAACACCUAUUCAAACACAACUUAUUAAUAGUGUCAUGAAAAUGGACAUAAAACAGAUUGUCCAUUUACUGGCGCAUGCAUCUUUUCAGAAUUUAAAUUUGUCGCAAAUUUUUGCGAAAGAUAAGAAAACUUUAUUGCAUUUAGCAGCAAGCCGAGGAUGUUUGGAAAUAACUCAACUUCUUAUUUGGAAUAAUGUCAAUGAGAAAGCAAUGGACAUAGAAGGCAAGACGGCCCUUUUUUAUGCCAAAAUUGCUGGUCAUAAAGAAAUCGAAGAGUUAUUGAAUCAACAAAAUUCCAAUUCUAAUCAAUUUGAUGAUAAUCAAUUGAAAACAUCAUUAGCUCCCAAAAAUGCUGUGAAUAACAAUAAUCAUCAAAACAGUAACAAUAAUGAAAAUAUAGCAUUGAAUUUGAAUUAUAUAGAGAACUUCAACAAACUGCCAGCCAGUAUUAUUUAAAAUAAAAUGGGAACACUUUAUUCAUUCCAGAAU